AUGCCACUUCUCUCUAGGUCAAGUGGUGCUGUAACUCUUUUUGACAUUCGUCUCAACAACAUUCACAAGAACGUCAUCGUUCUUCGUGGAAGCCCAGGAAAUGCCGCUUCAGUUCAUUUGACCGGAAACGUCAUUCUUGCACUCUCAGAACCGCUUUCAAUCAAAAGAAUCACGCUCAAAAUUUACGGCAAAAUCAGGCUUCAAUGGACAGAUACAAGUGCAAUCUCUAGAACAGGCGCUGCUCGUCAUUACCGAUAUGAAAACUAUGUCUACGAAAAGGAGUGGCCCAACCUCGAGCUUGCAAGCAGCAGUCUUGACUCUUCUACAACAAAUUUAAACACUUUGUCUUCAUCUAAUAACGCUAGCAGUACGGGUCUCAGUAAUAGUAAUAACAACAGUUCGAGUCUGAUCGGCUUAAACCAUUUGGGAUCGUCGUCACAUGGUAGUUCUACACCCUCAUCCACACAUACCCUUCGACAGGGAAACCAUGAGUUUCCCUUUGAAACUAUCAUUCCGGGCUCUAUCGAUGAGUCAGUUGAAGGCCUGGAAGGUGGCCAUGUCAUUUACAGAAUUGUGGCUACUAUCGAACGCGGCAGAUUCACAAAUAAUGUAACAUGCAAGCGUCACUUACGAAUCGUGCGGACACUCGGUUCCGACAUUCUCGAGCUGUCGCAAUCUGUCAGCAUCGAUAACACAUGGCCCAAGAAGAUUGAUUACUCCAUAUCCAUUCCUAAUAAAGCACUGGCUGUCGGAUCCAUUAUAAACAUUUCCAUGGAACUUUCCCCACUUCUCAAAGGCCUAAAGUUAGGCACAAUACGCAUUUUGUUAGUGGAGCAAGUAAGUUUGGCCAUUCCCUCAGGUGCACAUCAUCAGUACGAGCGCUGCGUAGUGGAGCAUGUCAUUCCUUCCCCGCCAAACGGAUUCUUGGGCUAUGAUGUCUGGUCUAUCAAUGAAACUUUUGCACUGCCUGCAAACCUUUCAAAAUGUACUCAAGACUGCAUUAUUCAUUCCAACAUUAAGGUCGGACACAAGCUCAAAUUUGCUGUCAGCUUGAAGAAUCCUGAUGGCCAUACUUCUGAACUUCGAGCAUCACUGCCUGUUUAUGUCUUCAUCUCCCCAAAUGUCCCAGUACGUGCACCAGACUCUAGUCAUACUGUUAUCUUCGACCAACAAACCUCGUCCAAUACCAACAUCCGUUCCACUGACUUGGUAGAAACAAAUGCUCCACCAAACUAUGCCGACCAUGUAUACGAUAGAUUAUGGUGCGAUAUUGCACCGACCAACUUUGAUUCUCCCAUACAUUCUGGUGCCGCAACGCCUUUACACUCCAGAUCUCGACGUAAUUCCAAUGACCAUGCGGUAAUUAGCUCAUCAUUAGCAAUGACCGCUGCUCCACAACACCUCACUGAUGCCCAUGCUCGAUCAGUUCUUGUAGACAACUUAAGACAACUUCAGAUUCAACAACAUGCCGCAACUGCCAUUUCGGACGACAGUAGUGCGCCACCACUCUUGUCCGGUGGAAACAAUAGCAAUAAUAAUAGUGGUACCAACCUUCAAGGCCUCUACGCAACCAAUAGCGGCAGUAGCGACAACAGCAAUGGUUCUUCAUCUAGCGCAAAUAACAAUGGUAUCACUAUUACCGCUCGGCAAACGCUGGACUUGUCUAGUGCAAACGAAGGAGUGAGUGCUGGGUCGGGAACCGCAGGUGGGUCACUAUCUCAAGUUAUGGCGUCCUUAGGGUCACACCGAUCCGGCGGCUCAUCAGGUACCAACACUCCCGGUGGUGGUCUCGAGUCCCACGCUCAGUCGCUUGCAUUUGCACUCAGCACCUCGGCUGAUUUUAGUCCGAUGCCACCCCAGUCGCCCGACUUUAUGCACUUGUCUCACCCAGUUUCCCCUAACCUAUCUACAGCGCCCAGCCAUGCUCAACUUGAGAUACUAUCACGGGUACCCUCUUAUCAAACUGCGAUUAACUCCGACACUCCAAUGGGUGUUGAGGAAGCUCCACUCUACGAGGACAGCAUGCGACACCUUUCCUCGUCUGGUCCUGGUCAAAGUAUCUCAGGUUUUCGGAGAUCUACCCAGUCGGCUACUAACUUGAUGAGAUCGGUUAGCAGCGGUAAUGGCACCUCUAAUUUGCGGCAAGGAGCUACUACAUCACGGUCUGCCGUCCAUCUACACGAAAUUAACGCUGCCUCUGCAAUUAACGAACCAACCAUUAUUAGCAGCUUCAACAACAACACCAACAACUCUGGCGUAACUAAUAAUACCGUUUCCGGAAAUGCCAAUUCCACUACUGGCGCCAUUCAACAACAGAAGCAAAUCCCUACGCCCGGUGGUAGUGGUACCUCUGUUGGUGGUGCGGCUCAACACCAAAUAUCUUCCGGCAACCCCGCAUUUGCCUCCGCUUCUGCAGCUUCUGCUCCCCAGCCAGUAUCAUCAUUUUCAUCAUCGUCGAGACCCUCCUCGCCGGCUGUGCUCACACUCCCACCGGUGUCCUUGACUCCACCACCUCCAGCGAUUCUCCAUCAACCUCAGUCGAGCCGCCGAAUAGCCCCAAUUGUUACUAACAACAACAUCAACAAUUCUUCACGGACCCGCAGUCACAGCAUGGGCUCCGUGUCCUCACCCUCUGGUGGAAUUAUGUCUGUAUCGAGUGGCAUGGCGUCUGUGCCGCCUACGCUAGUUGAAAACGAAAUCAGUCAUACUUUUUUCCCACCGUCUACUCCAAGCAGUCCUUCGGGUCCGGCACCUAUAUCUUCAUCUGCAUCAAGUAACAGCGCUUCCUCUUCAUUUAGUUCUUUUAUGCGAACUCGCAACGCGUCUUUUAGCACUACCCCAGGAAUCGCCCCAGGCUCAAUGGCUGGUAAUGGAAACGCCGCCUGCUUUUCAGUCACACCAGGCGUAAGCUCCGGCACCACUUCAUCGCUUUCUGGUACGGCCGGGGUUUCUGGUAAUAGCAGCCGUUAUCGUGUGCGCUCUGGCCAGUCUUCUGCAACAGUCAGCGGAUCAUCGACCCCUUUAUUUUCUAGCUCGAGCCGCUCUAACAGUACCCGAUAUUUGUUAGAAGAAGCUACCAAGUUUUUACACUUAGGAAAACUUUCGCCGUCAUCGGCUCCUGCAUCGUCAACUGGUAAUUCACAGCCUUAA